AUGACAGUAAAGAGUGUGGUCUGCCACGCUGAGAUUAAGCCUGGCUUCGUCAGCGAUGACAGUGCUGCGCGCUCUAAGAUCAACACACAGCUUCAGGACCUGGGGCUCCCAGAGACACCAGUUGGUAAAUGGAAAGUAGAUGAACACAAGCUGAUCCACGAGUCACGACCCAGGGUGGAGACUGUUGGAAUAGACAACCCUGCAGGUCCACAAGUCCAGGGGACAAAUGGUGGACACUUGGUGUAUCCUAAUGGUGGACAUCAGCUCCGAACAGAGGACAAAGAACGUGACAAGAAAUAUACGCCUAGGUUAUGGCAGCGGAUCCUGCUGUGUUUCUCAGCCGUCAGCAAUGGGGAGAAGAUCCUCAGCGUGAAACGUUCACCUGGAUCUCUCACCUGUCUUAACGGCAUCCGGGUCCUAAGCAUGGGCUGGGUGAUUCUGGGUCACUCGUUUCUCAUUCUCAUGCCUAACGCAGAGAACCCAUCGAUAUUUGGCACACUAACGCAGCACAUCAGUUUCCAAAUUAUCAUGAACGGAACUCUGUCAGUCGAUUCAUUCUUCGUGCUCAGUGGCCUACUGGUGACGUACCUGUUCCUAAAGGAGACAGAGAAGGCUGGAGGUCUGAAGGUGAAGCACAUGAUCCUGUUCUAUGUCCACCGCUUCUGGAGACUGACUCCCGUGUACGCAUAUAUGAUCUUCAUCAACACAUUCCUGGUGCGUUACCUGACUGAUGGCCCGACGUGGGCAGGACCUGCUGACAUCCAGUAUUGUAAAGACAACUGGUGGGCAAAUCUUCUCUACAUCAAUAAUGUCUACAGGGAGGAAAACCAGUGUUUAGUCUGGGGGUGGUUCCUGGCCAACGACAUGCAGUUCUACCUGGUAGCUCCACUGGCACUGAUCCCGUUGGCUCUGAGUUUCAGUCUGAAGCGUCCCACAGCUCGCAAGAUCCUCAAGAUUGAUGGGUUAUGUGUGAUAUUUGGCUUCCUCAUCACCAGCAUCGUCAGCACAGCCUACAUUACCUACUCCAUCGAAGGCGAUCUAUUCCACAACGGCCAGGAGUACUACGACAAGGUGUAUCUGAAACCUUGGUGCAGGGUAGGACCAUUCGCCAUUGGGAUGGCAUCAGGCUAUAUCCUUCAGGAGAAGAAGAUAAAGUUCAAGAUGUCUCCAUUCCUGCAAGGAGCGGGCUGGCUCCUGGCUCUAAUGGCGGCUGGAGCCUGUACACUGGCGACCUAUGAUAACUUUGGUGAGGGGAGACCCGGCUGGGCGAAUGAUGCCAGGACGGCUCAUGAGACAAUAUAUAGACCCGUUUGGGGGCUGGUCUUGGCGUGGGUCAUCUUCAUGUGUUGCAAAGGCAAAGGAGGCAUCGUGGACUGGAUGUUGUCCUGGGACUGGUGGCAGCCUCUCUCUCGUCUCACAUACGGGGCCUACCUCGUCCAUCUUAUCCUAAUCCAGACAGACGUUGGUACCAUGCAGUCUCUCUUCUUGUAUUCAUCUGGAUACAUUGUGUACCGCUUUUUCGGCUACGUGUGCAUGUCGUUCAUCCUAUCCUUUAUGGUGGCCAUCCUGGUGGAGGCGCCCCUGCUGCAGCUGGAGAAGCUGGUCCUGUCCUGA